AGAGGCCGGGGGCGGGGGGAAGCGAUACAAAGUGAAGCCCUAUUGCCAAACUUGCCCGGCGAUUGCGGCGGCGGCGGCGGGAGGGACUGAGCUCUGCAGCUCCCCGCCGGGGAAGCGGGCGCCGGAGGAAGGACUCAGCCUAGAGCCCGGGUUUUGCAGCCGGGGCCGCCGCUCCGUGGGGCGGGGGCCGCCGACAGCCGGGCGGGAGCGAGCAUUGUGUUGGCUUCUUUGCAAGAAAACCUCCCGCCACCCCCUCUCGCCACAGCCUCCGAUCCAGCGCGACGCUGCUGCUCGGCCUCUUGCACCAUAGAGGGGAAGCAGGCCAUGGUGAACCCCGGCAGCAGCUCGCAGCCUCCCCCGGUCACCGCGGGCUCCCUCUCGUGGAAGAGAUGCGCAGGCUGCGGGGGGAAGAUCGCGGACCGCUUCUUGCUCUACGCCAUGGACAGCUACUGGCACAGCCGGUGCCUGAAGUGCUCCUGCUGCCAGGCGCAGCUGGGUGACAUCGGCACGUCCUGCUACACCAAGAGUGGCAUGAUCCUGUGCAGAAACGACUACAUCAGGUUAUUUGGAAAUAGUGGUGCUUGCAGUGCUUGUGGACAGUCCAUUCCUGCUAGUGAGCUGGUCAUGAGGGCACAAGGCAAUGUCUAUCAUCUUAAGUGUUUUACGUGCUCUACCUGCCGGAAUCGCCUGGUCCCAGGAGACCGGUUUCACUACAUCAAUGGCAGUUUAUUUUGUGAACAUGAUAGACCUACAGCUCUCAUCAAUGGCCAUUUGAAUUCACUUCAGAGCAAUCCACUACUGCCAGACCAGAAGGUCUGCUAAAAGGUCAGAGUAAUGCAGAAUGUGUGCCUUCAUCUCAAAUUUUGUUCAUCACAGAUGGAUCCCAUGUCUCCAGUAGACAAGUCACCUUUGUAGCUAGCAUCAAUGCCAGCUCCAUGCCAUUGCACCUUUAUUCUUGAUUGCCCUUUCCACAUUUAUUGGUGUAUUAAAAUGACUGAAUAUGAACAUUAAGGACUCCAUGAACCUGGGCUAAUAGGAGACCGUAGAGAAAAUGAAAAAAA